UGAACGUUUUAUUAAACAUAGGAGUGAAUUAAACCACUGGGUUUUAAAUUAAGUACUUAUACAUAGAGCUUUUCAACUUGCCCCAUAGCUUUUGUCCCAUUAGUUUUGAGAAUGCCGUGUAAAGCGCAAAGUAACCACUGUUGGUUGCGCUCUAGGGCGGGCGAGGACGGCUUGUUCCUGCAGUGCCCGGGCCUGCACGGAAGCGCCCUGGCAGAACUCAGCUGAGUAUACACGCUUUUUCCCGCGCAGCCGGAGAGCUGAACAGCAAAGCGCUUCCCGAGGAAACUGUGUGUCAGCACAGCCUGGAGAUAGCAGGCCCAGGGGGCAGCUCCACCACAGGAGACAGGACACGCCUCAGCCUGGGCAAAUUCCCGGCCUCCUUUGGCUCUAAGCCAGCAGCCGCCGCCCGCCACCUCCUCUACUCCUCCGCCGUCACCCCGGCCGCCCUGCCGGCCCCGAACUUGUCCCCGCCUGGGCGCGCGGCCCCUCAGCCCGCGGGGCUGGCGGCGCGGUUGGGAUGGGACCGAUGUGGCGCAUGCGUGGUGGCGCCACUAGGCGCGGGAGUUGCUGCGGCGGGGACGGUACUGUGGCCAGCCGAGGGCCAGGCCGCUCGGGCCGGACUCGUGGGGGUGGCAGCAACAGCGGCGGCGGCGGCGUGGGCUGGCGAGGCCGCGCGGACGGCGCCCGACAGCAGCUGGAGGAGCGGUUUGCCGACCUGGCGGCGAGCCACUUGGAGGCCAUCCGUGCGCGGGACGAGUGGGACCGGCAGAACGCGCGGCUGCGUCAGGAGAACGCCCGCCUGCGGCUCGAGAACCGGCGGCUGAAGCGCGAGAACCGCAGCCUCUUCCGUCAGGCUUUGCGGCUCCCCGGCGAAGGCGGCGACGGGACGCCCACGGAGUCGCUCCGGGUCCCUGAAGAGGCCAGCACGAACCAGAGGGCUACAGACAGCGGCCCAGAGGACGAGCCGGGCAGCCCCAGGGCCCUGAGGGCCCGACUUGAGAAGCUGGAGGCCAUGUACCGCCGGGCCCUGCUGCAGCUGCACCUCGAGCAGCGGGGACCACGUCCGAGCGCGGACAAGGAGGAGCAGCCUCUACAGGAACCUGACUCCGGCUUCCGCUCCCAGGAUUCGGAGCCCUCCGGGUCCUGGCUGUAGCCGAGGCCGCAGCCAGAGAGAGGCGGGGCCUUGUGCGGGCCCCUCCUCCUCCGUUCCCAGCGCCCCCCACCUCGCGCACGCCCUGGCCCGCGCCCUAACCGCGGAUACCUUGGACGACGGUGCCCUCCCGCCCCCGCCAGCGGACACUUACAGGUGGCGCUUGGCCAUCCGCUUGGCGGAGGUCGAGUGGGUGCAAGGGCCCUCGGGACCUCCCACAUGUACAGUUCCCCAUGCCUCUUGCCCUGGCUAGUUUCCCUGGAGAGAGGCCUAGCCAACAAGGAAGGGACGGAUUUUAAAACAGCAAGAACUGGGUGCCAAGAAACAUUUCAUAUUCCCUGAACUUUUCUAGAUGUUGUGAGAACCUGUUGUACUUUUUUUCCCUGUAUUUUGGUUCUGAGGAAUGAGUAAUGCGUUUUUAAUUGGUUGAGUUCGUACAUUUUUCAAUCCCCUAAAGCCUUCAGCUAUUCUCUCUUAUGUGGCCAACAUUUUAAGUACAGUGUUUGCUUUUACAAGUCGGUGUUACUUGGAUGUCCUAUAAAAUACCCAAUUUUUAUAAAGAUGAUAUUUAUAACCUAGGAAUUCACACCUGCCUUGGCUGCAGUCCCUGUACAUCUAAUAUAUACUGAUUUGUUUACCCCCAGAGAAUUUUUAAAUUAUCUGCCUAUAUCGUGAUCUUUUGAAAGGGUCAAUAAAUCUGGUGCAUUAAAAAU